CUCAGCCACAGAAGGCUCCUGUCUCACUGAGGAGCAGUGUGUGUCCAGCCCUGGAGCCCUUCUCUCUCAACAGCACCUGGCAGGAAGGUGGCCAUCAGAAGCAAAGGAACGAAUGGGCAGAGCGGAACUUCUAGGAGGGAACAUGAGUAUCCAGGAUCCCUCAGAGCUGUGGGGUCGAUCCGAUGGAGGAGCAGACCUGCUCCAGGACUUGGGGUGGUAUCAUGGCAACCUCACACGCCAUGCAGCUGAGGCGCUUCUCCUCUCCAAUGGACGUGAUGGUAGCUACCUACUAAGGGACAGCAAUGAGCAGACCGGACUCUAUUCUCUCUCCGUGAGAGGCAAAGACUCUGUCAAACACUUUCACGUCGAAUACACUGGGUACUCGUUUAAAUUUGGCUUUAAUGAAUAUUCAACUUUAAAGGAUUUUGUCAAGCAUUUUGCAAACCAGCCUUUGAUUGGAAGCGAGACAGGGACUCUGAUUGUUUUGAAACAUCCUUACCCAAGAAAAGUGGAAGAACCUUCCAUUUAUGAAUCAGUCCGGGUCCACACAGCAAUGCAGACAGGAAGAACAGAAAAUGACCUCGUGCCCACUGCACCUUCUCUUGGCACCAAAGAAGGUUACCUCACCAAGCAGGGCGGCCUGGUCAAGACCUGGAAAACAAGAUGGUUCACUUUGCAAAGGAACGAGCUGAAAUAUUUCAAAGAUCAAAUGUCACCAGAACCAAUUCGGAUCCUAGACCUAACGGAGUGCUCAGCCGUUCAGUUUGAUUACUCACAGGAAAGAGUAAACUGUUUCUGCCUGGUGUUUCCGUUCAGGACAUUCUAUCUCUGUGCAAAGACAGGAGUUGAAGCUGAUGAGUGGAUCAAAAUACUGCGAUGGAAGCUGUCAAAAAUAAGAAAACAGCUGGAUCAAGGAGAGGACACUGUCCAAACUCGGUCAUUCAUCUUCAAAUAGAACUUUCUUGGCUUUUCUUGGCUCAAGGGCAAGGUGGAAUGUUCCAGGUGCUCUGAUCUGUGGCAGGCUUCAGAGGAAAGGCCAUUAAGGGAGUUCCUCAAACAAAAACAAACACAAAGCAGACCGUGGUCAGGAGCUGGACGCUGUUUGCUGAUUCACGGAAAACAGCUGGCAGGACCCGGCCAUCUGCUCAAGAACACAGAAGCAGCAGCACCCCGCUGAUGGGAACUGCCUAACCUCCACUGCCAGUGGAGCCACUCAGAACACAGAGCAAGGCUGAUGGGAACUGCCCAACCUCCACUGCCAGUGGAGCCACUCAGAACACGGCGCAAAACCAAUUGCUGGUUUGCUCUCUCAGUGGCUUAGGCUUGUUGACUCUAGUUGCCUGGCGUCCUGCCCCAAGUCACGGUCAGCACAACUAAGCUUCAGAUGUGUUCUAAACAGCAAGGAAGCGGCAAUACAUUGGGAGCACAGGCUCUUUAAGAAAGCAAAAACAAGAUAAUAAACGCCAAGGACUUUCAAAGGAGGGGCUGCUUUCGUUUUGUUUAUAUACAAAAACCUCAAGAAGGGCUGGAGAGGUGGCUCAGCCAUUAAAUGUGCAUCUGUUCUUGCAGAGAACCUGAGUUCAGUUUCCAGGAUCCACAUCAGAUGGCUUGCAAACACCCAUCUCUCCAUCUUCAGAGGGAUCGGACGCCUCUGACCUCCUUGGGCACCUGCGCUCAGGCACACAUACUCACACACAUGCACAUAAUGCAAAAAAAAAAAAUUAAAACGUUUCCAAAAAAUGAGAAAAUGUUCAUCAUGGGUUUUUUUUUUUUUUUUUUUUUUUUUUUUGCUUUUAAGAGGCUUAGAAAUCAGACUGGUGCCACACCACCUUUGACAACCUGAGAGGGAUCCCUAAAACCUACAUAGAGGUGGAAGGAGAGAACCAACUUCACAAAGAUGUUCUUUGACCUCUCUAUGUAUGUCAGCAUGUGUGAUCCCCACAUCACACAUAACACACACAAUAAUUGCUUUUUUUUAAAUAAAAAUCCAGUGGAUCCUUUACUUCUAAUGAUAAACUGUGAGAACUACAUGUCUUGUGGGUAACUAGAUAGAUAGAUUUACUAUAUGUAAAUUAACCUAUAGUAAAGAGUGAGGAUGUUUUAAACAGCAAGAAACUGCACACUGAAAGGUGAUGAGCAGUGGGUGACUUUUAAUUUAUGGUUAUCAUUACAAAUGUAAUAACACACUUAUAAGCACUAAGUUAGAGACUUCCCCAUAAAGGAUGCCCCCCAUCUCUUUCCAGGGUAGGCUGUAUGAGAAUAGCCCCAUGUAAAGCACCCCAAGAUUAUUAAAAGACAUCUUCUGCUACAUAGCUGUUGCAAACUAGAUCCCCAAUGACAGACUGGUGUUCAGAGGCCAUGAAUAGGUCUUGACUUCUAUUAUCACUGUUGAUGUGGCUUUAAAGGACAGAAGUUAGAAGGGUGAUGAGCCAGCAGGUGGAGAGCUGGUGGGACUCUGUUCUCGCAGCACAGAGGCAGUGGGCAGCACUUUCGCCAGUGUGACCAAGACACUUGAGAGAACAGCUGAUCGGAAUGAUCACUCUGUGGUUCUUGAUGUCUCAGUUCACCAUGCUUAGGGUGUGGUGCAGCUGCUCACGUCAGAGCAGGCAGGAAUCUGAGCACGGCUGGAACAGAAAAGGGAGGAGCCAAGACAAGAGACCCCAGGAACACAUACUUCCAGCCAGGUCCCAUCGUCCACAUUCUGCCACGUCCUAGUAAUCUGUUCAAAUUCUCAUCAAUUUGGAUGAAAUAAAUGAAGUAAACCUGUCAUUAGGUCAGCUCUCUCACCUCUGGGAUGCCUUCAAGGACAUACCCACAAUACUUUUGGUAUUUCUCAUUCACAGUACCUUGUUAAAAUUUUUUUUCUCUUGUUUAUACAGCUAAGACUCAGAAAUUGUUUUUUUCCAACGGGUUUUUUGGAGUUGGGUUGUGGAUCAGUGGUAGAAUGCUUACUGCAAGGAGGGGCAUUUAAUUUGUUAUGUUUGUGUUAUAUGGAUUAAAGCAAUGUCAAGAUAAAAUGUUUUGUGUUAAGUAUGCAAAAUAAGGAGUUAACAUUGGCCUCUCCUUGAGAGGUACCAUUUUGUUUCCUUACAAAAAAGUGUUUUUCUUCGUGUGUUAAAUAUUCUUUUUACUUUCUGUAAAAUUUGUUUAUUUAUAUGCUUUGGUUCUGUUUACUAAGUAAAAAGUACAUGAUUUUGUUGUA